CUCAGAGAGAAAGAAAGUAUGAUUGAUAGGGAAAGAGAGAGAGAGAGAGAGAGAGAGAGAGUAAAAAAAUAAUAGAUUAUUAGGACACGAUUGUCAUCUUUUGUGGUGUGUCUUGUGUGCGCUCUCCUUCUUUUCUUCAUCGAUUGAUCUUCUUUAUUUAAACCUACUCUCUUUCUCUUUUCCCAUUCUUUCUAUCAUUCCCUCUCUCUCUCUCUCUCUCUCGGGAUCCGAUAUCUCUUUCAAGUAACCUAUUCCCGAGGAGCACUGUCAAAUCCUGUCCACUCUUCUUUCAGGGAUCUCUGUCUACUCUUGUGAUCAAGUGUUCAAACUUCUUUAGCUAUAGCAAGUACGAGGGGAUCAUACAAUAGCCGUAACUUAAAGCUUUGUUAGAAGCUAUUGAAAAGGUUUCAGCUGUAUCAUCCUGCAUCUAGAGUUUCUUCAGGUCAAUUAAUCGAUCAAGAAGACUAAAGGAUGAAUUCAUUUUCCCAUGUCCCUCCGGGUUUUAGAUUUCACCCGACAGACGAAGAACUUGUAGACUACUACUUGAGGAAAAAGGUUGCAUCGAAGAGAAUAGAGAUCGAUUUCAUUAAGGACAUUGAUCUUUACAAGAUUGAGCCAUGGGAUCUUCAAGAGUUGUGCAAGAUUGGGCAUGAAGAGCAGAGUGAUUGGUACUUCUUUAGCCAUAAAGAUAAAAAGUAUCCCACCGGAACUCGAACCAAUAGAGCAACGAAAGCAGGGUUUUGGAAGGCAACCGGAAGAGAUAAGGCUAUAUAUUUGAGGCAUAGUCUCAUUGGUAUGAGGAAAACACUUGUGUUUUACAAGGGAAGAGCCCCAAAUGGUCAAAAAUCCGAUUGGAUAAUGCACGAAUACCGCUUAGAAACCGACGAAAACGGAACUCCUCAGGAAGAAGGAUGGGUUGUGUGUAGGGUUUUCAAGAAGAGAUUGGCUGCAGUUAGACGAAUGGGAGAUUACGACUCAUCGCCUUCACAUUGGUACGACGAUCAGCUCUCUUUUAUGGCCUCUGAGCUCGAGGCAAAUGGUCCUCGCCGGAUUCUCCCCAAUCAUCAUCAGCAGCAGCACCAUCACGAGCACCAUCAGCAUCUGCCAUAUGGACUCAAUGCAUCUGCUUACAAUCUCAACAACCCUAACUUGCAAUGCAAGCAAGAGCUAGAACUACAAUACAACCACCUGGUACAACAACAACAUCUUCUUCAUGAAUCUCCUUUAUCAUUCCUACAACUCCCUCAACUUGAAAGCCCUAAGAUCCAACAAGAAAAUAGUAAUUGCAACUCUCUUCCUUAUGGAACAAGCAACAUCGAUAAUAACUCGAGCCAUAAUGCUAACUUGCAGCAGUCUAAUCUCGCGCAUGAGGAACAAUUGGGUCAAGGGAAUCAGAGUUUCAGCUCUAUAUACAUGAAUAGCGGGAACGAGCAAGCGAUGGACCAAGUCACAGACUGGAGAGUACUCGAUAAAUUUGUUGCUUCUCAGCUAAGCAACGAGGAGGCCGUCACAGCUUCUGCUUCUCUACAGAACAAUGUCAAGGACACAAGCAACGCGGAGUACCAAGUUGAUGGAGAAAAUGAUCCAAAAAGGGUUUCAGACAUGGGAGAAGAGUAUGCUGCUUCUACUUCUUCGAGUUGUCAGAUUGAUCUAUGGAAGUGAGCAGAAGGAGAAGAUUAUAUCAUAUAAAUGCAUAUAUAUAUAUACAUAUAUCUAUAUACGUACACACGAACACUAAUCAAGUGUAGAUGAUGAUGAUGGUACAGUUAUAUAUUUGCUUUAAUUGAUUCUUACUACAUUAUUGAACUUAUAAUAUAUGCAUACAUAUACAUUGCGUAUCUAUGCAUGUAUACUUGUCCUCAAUAUGUUUAA